AUGUCUUUACUUGCUGGUGUGCUUAUAUGCUUGGUGCUUUAUAUCUUGAUAGUCGUCAUUUAUGCGAAAGGAGUUGGAAUGAAUUGGCACUAUCCAGACCUUCAUGGGAAGACUGUAUGUAUAUUAGGUGGUACAGCUGGGAUAGGGUUAGAGACAGCGAAAAAGAUUAAGUCUUUAGGAGCAAAUUUGAUAAUAGUUGGGCGUAACCCGAGUACUCUUGAGGAUGUCACGAAUGUUGAAGUGGACUUAAGUGACUUGAAAUCCGUUAAAACUGGCGUAGAAAAGUUGGAACAUAUAGUCGACCAUAUUGACAUAUUGAUAAACAACGCCGGGUGUGUUGUCUUGGAAUAUGGCCAGAAGACUAAACAAGGGUACGACAUCACUGUUGGUGUUAAUUAUAUCGGAACAGCUUCUUUUGCAAUAGGAGUCUCAAGUCUCCUUAUGAACGCAAAAGCUCCGCGAUUUGUCGUGGUGUCGUCGUUGAACGCGGGAGACUGGCACGAGAAAGAACUUCCAUUUGACUGGGAAAAAGCACCUGGGGAGGAAGAUCCAUAUAUUGUGAGUAAAACUGCCUGUUCACUCUUUGCUGUUGGAUAUGCUAAAAAGUAUCCAAAAAUACAGACAGCACAUGUCCACCCUGGGUUUGUGAAAAGUUCAUUAUGGAGGAAUAUGACUGGAUUUACUAAAGCGUUAUAUGCAGUCGUAUUGUUCUUGGUUGGGAGAAAUUGUUGGGAAGGAGCUCAGACAUCAUUGUACUGCGCAUUGGCACCGAAAAUAGUGUCAGGAGAAUACUAUGCGGACUGCUUGAGACAAGAAAUUAACGUGCUCUGUCAUGAUGAAGAGGUCAUUGAAAAACUUUGGAAGAAGACGAUGGAAGCAAUGGAGAAGGUGGAUUAA